AAUGACAUAUUGACAUUAGGUAUAGGUACCUAGCUACCUUAUACCUACCUAUUAUAUUAAAAAUUACAUUUGUGUAUUGUACAGUAUUGUGUAAUGCAGAUUAAAAUAACCUUAAAUUUUUGAUUCAAUUAGAUUCUGAGGUUGCAUAAUUCAUGUUUCUACCUGGUGUAUUAUGAAAUUAUAAUAAUGGGUAACAGCGUAUCAGCGGAGGCAUUGAAACAAAAAACAUUUGCUAAAGACGCAAAUCCGCCACCAGAAUGUCCUAUGCACAAAAAUAGUGAAAAUGAUAAAAACACGACAGAUUCACAUCCAUCAGAAUGCCCAAUUCAACAUGAUAAAAAUGAUAUAAACCCUUAUAAUAUGAUGCCACCAGCUAAUCAGAAACCAUCGCCUGAUCAACCUUUCCCUCUUCCAACGCAAAGACAAGUAUCAAGCAUACCCCGCGCAAUGCCAGAUGGUACAACUGAGUUUUGGGUUUACCCAAGUCAGCAAAUGUUCUGGAAUGCAAUGCUACGUAAGGGUUGGCGCUGGAAGGAUGAAGAUAUAAAUCCCAAAGAUAUGGAUGACAUUAUUAGAAUACAUAAUGCUAAUAAUGAACAGGCUUGGCAAGAAGUACUUAAAUGGGAGGCUCUUCAUGCUAAGGAAUGUGGACAUCCAAGGUUGAAAAGCUUUGGUGGAAAAGCUACACAAUAUAGUCCAAGGGCAAGGUUCCGUUCAUGGCUUGGGUAUGAAUUGCCAUUUGAUCGCCAUGACUGGAUUGUGGAUAGGUGUGGGAAAGAUGUCCGUUAUGUGAUUGACUACUAUGAUGGUGGAGAACUUGACAACAAAUAUCAAUUUGCCCUGUUAGAUGUCAGGCCUGCAUUCGAUUCAUUUGAAAAUGUUUGGGAUAGAAUGAAAGUUACGUAUAUCAGAUAUCGUUUUGAACUGCUAGGGAGCAAAGAAAAUCCUAAGUUGACUAACUGAAAUUAAAUUUUUCAUUUGUUUUAGUUUUGUUAAAUUGAAUAAUUACAUUGUAUUUUGUUUUUCAUAUAAAGUACUAAUGUGGGGUUGUUCUGUGGACGGUAACUGUCACUGCGGUAACUCUUUGUGAUUUCGUUUCCACAAAAAUUAAAUUAUUAUUUUACCAAUAAUUACAACAUAUUGUUGUGAAAAUAGGCUAGUAUAUUUGAGAGUAGUAGUAGUUUUUAGAAGUGUUUUAAAUGAAGUAUUAUGUUGUCAGGAAUGUUAUGCCUAGUAAAAAUAAUGUUUUUAAUUAAUUAUUCCAUAGUUGAAAUCACUGUUAUAAAAUAUGUACAAUUUUCUAAUAUGAUAACUUUGGAUGCUCUAAAAAGAAAUAUUAGAGGCUACAUGUACCUUUAAUUUGAAUUAUUUUAUAAGCCAAACUUAUUAUAAGAUUAGAAACAUUGAUAACUCUGUUGAUCUGCCUACUAAACAUAAAUAAAUUAUAAUACCUUAAA